AGGCAACAGGUGCAGAGAGAAGGGGAGAGGAGCACCUACGGAGAGACGAGAGCUGUGACACGCAAGCCUGCAGCAAGCACCUCGGCCGGGUGGACUGAACCAGACACUGUGAGAAAGUGACGAGCCCACGUCCUCGCUCUUUCAUUCUGUCAUUUCCUAUGCUCCUGGCAAGCUACCAGAGCUAAACCUGCUAUCGCUAACGUCGCACCGAGAGCAGGGGUCACAUUGGUAUUGGAUUCGUCCGUCACUCUCUGCUACUCUUAUCUGCCUGUCCAACUGAGCACUUCUGUUUUGCUUUCUAUUUUUGCCUCCUCUGCCCCUCUUCCCUUCCCUCCAUCAUUCUCUCCAUCUGAGAUGGGGAGCUCUAUGGGUUGUGUGAGGCCUCCUAGGGAGGGAGGACACGGCUUCCCCCCACUGUCCCCAAACCCCAAACGGCGGCUCCGCUUCCGGCGGAAACGCAAAGGAAAGAAGCACCAGAAAGGAGGGUCGUCGGUAGGCUCGGAAGUGGAAAGCAUAAGGAUAAGCAACAUACCAGAGGAUGAGGAGGAUGAGGAAGAGGACAAAGGUACUGUCACAGAGGCAACCACAGCGUCGUUCAACACUAUGAGUGACAUCGGAGCCAAAAUCACCAAUUUAACCGUGCCUCAUGCUCAAACUCAAUCCAGACUGCCCCUGUCCAGUGCUCUCUGUGCUGAUUCCACGAGUGACAGCAUGGGUGGGUUGGGUGGUAGCAGAGUGCUUUCCCCUGAGCCAAGCCCAGUGUGGAGAAGGGUGUCCUACCCCAGAGCUGGGAGUGAGGAAGGGGGGACGAGCAGUACCAUAGAGGCCCCAAGCAGCCAUGGGCAACCCAGUGAGGACCCCAACCCGACCCCAGACCCAGCUGUCCCAUCCCAGGUGCACACCACCCCUGGCAGGGGUCAGGUCUGCAAAGUCAGGGAGCGAGAACAAGGGGUCCUGGAGAGGCCUUGCAUACUAAGACCCAAGAAAGACAGGGAACGAGAAAAUAAACGUGAAAAAGAGGAGAAAGAGGAGGUGGAGGAUGAAGGUGGGGGUGGGGUAGUAGGGACGCUAGGGGUUGCUUUUAACACCCCUCUGGAAAAGGAUCGCAAAGGGGUGGUCCACAUUCGUGAGGUGGGGGGCCUGCUGUGUGUUGUAAGGACAGUCUACCCCAGUGACUUUGGGUCCCCGGUUUGGAGAGGGGACAGUUACCAUGACAAAGAGGUAGAGGUACGUGCCGAACCUCCAGCCUUAUCCCCAGUGACUGGGAACAUCCUCAAAGUACAACUUUCUGAGGAGGACAUCAUGAGAGCCAAAAUUGACGCCUCCUGUCCCAAUAAGACCGCUAACCGUCUGGGGACCCAGGAAACUACAAAAGUCAAGGAAGGCACAGUGACUGGAAACAAAGUACAACUCUCUGAGGAGGACAGCAGGAGAGCCAAAAUGGAUGCCAGGGCCAUUUUCCUUAUGGGUACCCAGGAAACUACAAAGGGCAAGGAACUUAGUCUGGAUAAACCAGCCCAGGUCCAAGAAGGGGCCUCAAUACAGUCCCCAAUGGCUAGGAACAUCCUCAAAGUACAACUCUCUGAGGAUGACACCAGACGAGACAAAAUGGAUACCUCCGGUCCCCAUAAGACCACUAACCUUAUGAGUACCCAAGAAACUGUAAAAGUCAAAGACGUCAGUCUGGAUAAACCAGCACUGGUCCAAGAGGGACUAUUAAUACAGAACCCUCUUUCCUCUGGCUAUGCCAGCGAUCUGCAACACACCUCUCCAGAGACUGGGGGCUCCACCCAGGUAGGCAGGGUUAGCUUGACCCAAAGGAGAGACAAAAUGGACACCUCAGGUCCCAAUAUGACUACCAACCUUAUAGGGACCCAGGAAACUACGAAAGUCGAGGGACCCUCGGUACAGGACCCUCUGUCCUCGGGCUAUGCCAGCGACCUCCCACUAACCUCCCCAGAGGCAGGGGGCGCCAUCCAGGUAGACUGGGAACGCUCCAGAGAGGGGCUGGACUCUGCAACGGACAGUCCUCUAUCUCCACCCCAGGUCCCCACAAAGCAGUUCCCUCAGGUCAGGGGCAUUUUUCUCUCUUUCCCUCUCUCUCUCUUACUCGUGGAAGUGGAAAUGUAGGCUGCACAUAUUUGGGGGCUUGUCCAGGAUCAGGGCGGGAGAGCAUAUUUAUGAAUGUGUGUUUCCCUUUUAUGUCUUGUAUACUAGUGUCACAUCUUUGUGUGAGAGAGAUGAUUUUUGCUUUUGUGUCCCUCUCUGUGUGUGUUUGUUUGUGUGUGUGUCCUGGUUAUUAUCAGCCCUGCGGAAGGCAAUCUGCAUCUUCUCAUCCUUCCUGGGUCUGUCCCCAGAGCCUAAUCAGCACAGCACAGACCUUCUCUGCAUCUCUCCCUCUUUUCUCUUUCUCCAUCACUCAUUAUUUUUCCUCACACCACCCACUCUUUCCUCUGUUACUUCUGACUGUGUGUGUGUGUGUGUGUUGCCUCAAAUGGCAUUGUUCCUGACAGCAUACUGAAACUUGUUAUUUUGCAAUGAUGUAUCGGUUUAUGAGAUCAUACGGCUCACAGAAUGGGGCGGGGGGGGCGGGGGGGGGGGGGUUUCAAUGGCCUCAUUUGAGCGCCAUCACAAUAAGCUGUUUAAUAGAAGGACCUACUGUCAUAGGAAUAGAAUUACAUUAACUUGAAUGGUAAUGUCGGUUCUAGUAAUUCCAUUUCUAUGCCAAUUAUAUUGUAGAUCUUUAACCCCACAGUUGCUGGUGACCAUUUCACUGUUACUGAUAAUGCCCCUUAAUUGGUAGAUAAUUGAAAUAGCACCUUUCUUGCUCAAAGCGCUUUACAUUGAAAGCAGGAAACUCACUUCAUGGCUGCCGAUGUGUAGCACCCGGCCAUCAGUAUAUUAUGUAUGCUGUGACGGUAUGCAUGAUGUUAUGUUCUCUUUGGGCCUAUGUGUCUCAUUUGACGCACGGUGCCGAGUCACGGAGAAAGCAAGUCACACGCAGGUGCUUAGAGCCCGGUCUCCGUUUACGAGCGUUUUAGCCAGGUAAUGAUCAAUAGUCCUGGCUCUGGCUCUUUCUCGAGCUUUCAUUCUGUGUGUGUGGGUGUGUGUGUGCGCGACGGCUGCCUUUUUGGCAAUGUCUGGGCUGCCCUCAUCUGAAUAAAUAGGGAUUUCAGAUGCACAUUCAUCAACAGUAUACUGCUGCAUCUAGCCCCAGGGGGGAUUCCAAACACUUUAUAUCCAUCCCUCUUUCUCUCUCUCCCUCUCGCUCUCCCUCUCUCUAUCCCCUCUUUUUAUGUAUUUGGUGUAUUCUGUCCGUCUCGUUCCCUCUCCCCAUCAACUAAAUGUGUCCUCGUCUUUCUCCCUGCCUAUCCUCCAUUUUCUUUCUCACUCACUCACUCUCUCUCCAUCCACCCCUCUCUCUCCCGUCGCCCCUCCCUACCCCCUGCUACUUCAAAGGACCCUUUUUUAAAUGGAAUCUAUUCUGAGCCCCAGGGGUCUAGUGUGUAUCAUAGCAGUGUACAGUAGGUGUUAUAUAGGCCUAGCUUUUAUAGCCAUUCUAGUCAAUGGUGAUAGCACUACCUUUCUGUCUCUGAAGCUGUGAGUGUGUAAAGGCACCUAAGAAUCACAUGAGACGGUGAGAGAAUGAGUCCUUGCGCGCGCACACACACACACACACACCCUAUCCUAGGAUUAGCCAUCUUAAAGAGCGUUAAUAGUGUGUCUGUAUUGGUAUGUAUCAUGACUCCUGGGUGGAAGCAGGUCACUAGCUGCUCGUCGGUGUGUGUUUGUGUGCGGGUCGGUGUUUGUGUGCGUGUCGGUGUGUCUGUCUGUUAGUGUUUGUUAGUGUCUGACUUAAGCAUGAUGUCACCAGCUAAUUAACACUAUGUGCCUUGUUUUGACGGCGUAAAAUCGCUACCAUAUGUUACCCGAAACAACCGUAUUACUCAUUAUACCUGGAUCAGAAUUUAUGACAAGCAUGUCCAUGAGAAGGUGGCAAUUAUGUAUGAAGAUUUAAAUUGGGCAGCGCAAACGUAUGUGGGAUGCAGUCGAAUCACCAGCUGCAGUAUUCUAAACAGGUUAUGGGUUGCAGGGGGACAACAGAGCUACAUAGGAUUGUACAGUACCUUGGUGUAGAAUGGUAGAGUGAGGCUGUGCUGUGCUCUGUUUAUUGCCAGUCACUUGAGGGCUCAGCCAGAGUCCAAUUAAUGGAGUGGCCCUGUAAUGUAUUGCCUUGCCUUAAUAAUCUUUACUGGAAGAGGCUCACGACACAGAGGAGCAGUGUUUUGGGUUACACACAGGUGUUUGCCUUAUUGGUUUAUGCAGGCCUGGUUUGGCUCUCUCUCUCUCAUUUCAGAGCCAUUCCUCCUCUCCUUCGUUACCCCCCUCUCUCUCCCUCUCUUUUGGCUGUUACUGCAGUCUUCUGGCACUCACUGGACUUUCAUGCUGUUCUAUAUUAGCACUUGAGAGACAGUCAGGGAGAAGGAGGAGGAGUGCAAGACGGGGAGUGAGAAGAAGAGAUGACAGAGGAAUAGUGAUGACAAGAACCAGGCACAGGCAGAUACAGCAUAUACAUCAGCCACCCUUUGUCAAUCGGAACAGAUGAAAGAAAGUGUAGAAAAGGGGAGGAGGGUGGAGGAUGGAUGGUCAAAGGGGUAUCAGCGCUUUGGCCUCCAAAAAGAAAAGCGGCGUAAAACAGCAGAUUGAUGUGAAGGAGAGACGGAUUGAUGAAAACAAGGCAGUUUCUGAGACAAGCCGACGUGACCGACUGAUGGAAGGGGAAGGAGACUUCAGGAGAGGAAUGGAGAGAAGGGGAGAGACAGAAAAAAAGAAACAAAUGAGGGAGGGUGGGAGAGGGGGAUAUUGUGGUGAGAAAACAGGAGGGUGGGAGAGGGGGAUAUUGUGGUGAGAAAACAGGAGGGUGGGAGAGGGGGAUAUUGUGGUGAGAAAACAGGAGGGUGGGAGAGGGGGAUAUUGUGGUGAGAAAACAGGAGGGUGGGAGAGGGGGAUAUUGUGGUGAGAAAACAGGAGGGUGGGAGAGGGGGAUAUUGUGGUGAGAAAACAGGCUAAUGAGCUGGCCAGACAUAAAGAAGAAUAAUGACAGACUGAAGGAGAAAAAUAAUGACACAAUACCAGAGAGCAUUGGCUUCACUCAGCUCGGGCUAAAGGCCAAAGAAGAUGAUGGAUAGGAACAAGGAUGACAAGUUGAAUCAAAGUGAAUAAAAGACUCCCAGAUAUAAGAGUCUGUAUUACGACUAGCAUGUGGAUAUAUUUUUCUGCUGACUGUGUUUGUGUGUGUGUGUGUGUAUUUGUAUGUACUUGUGUGUACGAAUGUUUCUGUUUGUGUGAAAUAUGGGUACGGUGAUGGUUCAUUAAUUUAAGUCAUGACUAAAGACACCAUAUGUUUGAAACGGUGUAAUUAAUGCACGCUGUAGGUUACAGUCUGAUAGUAGGACAAUGGUAUGAAUAUGAGAUAGGAUAAUGUAGUGUAUAAUUAAUGCCUCUCCCAUAUUUGACCUAGAUAGUUUGUGUGUAUGUAUUGAUAGGUAGGCUACAUGUGCCUUUAAAAAAACAUGUAUGUAGUUCUGUUCUUGUCUAUUAAUGUUCUGUAUUAUUUCAUGUUUUGUGUAGACCCCAGGAAGUGUAGCUGCUGCUUUUGCAACAGCUAAUGGGGAUCCUAAUAAAAUACCAAAUGUUUGCCCCUAAAUGGAAAGGGUAUGCUUCUCUGCCAGUUGUUGUAGGCUUCAUAUCACAUUUUUUGUUACCAUACAGUAAGAGCAGGCAUCAUUUCACCAUGGAAUAUGUCAUAUUUGGAACCUUAUACCAAUACUUAUGGAUGGAUCCAAGCAAAGUCAUCCCAAUAUUUAUAGGCCAUAUUCAAUAACCCUCACCUCUCCUCUGUCCUCUCCAGAUCUGACAUUUAUGUGAGUGGUGUGUGUGUAUUCAUAAUGAGUGUUUCCUAUAUGAACCCCCCCCCCCCCCUCAUGUCCCCUGUAUUCUGCAGUUCUCAGAGAUUUAUGUGAGUGUGGAGCGUGUGUUUGUAUUCAUAAUGUGUUUCCUAUAUUAACCCUAUCCUCACCUCUGUAUUCCAGAUCUCAGAGAUCUAUGUGAGUGGUGAGUCAGGGGACCUGACGGCUAAGGAGAAGCUGUUGUUAUGGAGCCAGCAGGCCACAGAGGGUUGGCCUGGCCUCCGCUGUACCAACUUCUCCUCCUCCUGGAGCGACGGACGCAUGUUCAACGCCCUGCUCCACCGAUUCAGGUAUACACACACACACACACACUGAGAGACACACACACACUUUCAGUUCUGACCCCCCUGUCUCCCUCUCUGGUGGUCUCCAGGCCAGACCUGAUUGACAUGGAGGUGGUGGCGCAGCAGAGUAACCUUGACAACCUGGAGCAGGCCUUUGAGAUCGCCGAGUCACUAGGGGUGACCAGACUUCUGGACGCUGAA